CAAGUUUAAAACCCUACCAUAUGACAAAAGGGACACUAUUUAAGCCGAAAACACAUUUCACAAUUCAUUGAUCGUUUUGAAGCAGUUUCAACCGUUCGACAGUUCAGGGAGGAAUGCAAAUGUAGUAGGGCUAUAGGUAUUGUUCACAAAGCAUAGGAAGGCUGCAAGAUGUUGAAGAAGAUCAUCGUGGUGGCAUUGCUGAGCGUUUUGGCACAUAGGAUAUUUCUUAUAGUGAGACUUUUAGGAUUCCAUAUAACGCUGUACAACCAUAGACCAGGACCAUGUAGGAUUGUCAAAGGCAUAGUGGAAGGCUCGGAAGACAUGCAAACAUUGAAAGAUGGCCUUACCUUAAUAACAGGGGGAAUGAAACGUUUCGACGAUCCUUCGGCUGUAAGUGAAGCGGAUGGGGAUGUAUAUUUAUUCGACUUCAAUGCCCCAGAGGGAAAUGCUGUUAAGUUGGAAAUUAAAGGAGAUACAUUCAACAAGAAAACAUUUAACCCCCAUGGCAUAAGCUUGUAUGAGGAUUCAAAGCAAGGAAAGGUGUUUGUGUUUGUCGUGAACCAUCAUCCAGAAGGUGACCGAAUUGAGAAAUUCACAUUUGACAGAAUAACCAAGACAUUGACCCACCUACAUUCAACGAACCAUGAGACACUCGGCAUAUUGAAUGAUGUGUUUGCGAUAGAUGACACCCUCGUUUAUGCAACUCAAUAUGAUUUCUUUCGACAUCGGUUAUUACGUAAACUGUGUGCAUAUCUGACAAUGAAGUUGGGGUCAGUCUUUUUUGUAGACACAACCACAGGCUCCGUCACCACUGUUGCUACUGGUUUCCUGCUGGCAAAUGGCAUCAAUGCUUCACCAGAUAAAAAGUAUAUUUAUGUGUCACAUAUGGGUGAAAGAAGUUAGGAAGUAUUCAAAAGAGAGGCCGACAAUUCGUUAACAAAAAUAAGGACGAUAAACCUGUAUGCGAUGGCAGACAACAUUGACGUCGAUCCUGUUUCUGGAGAUCUCUGGCUAGGUGUCCAAGCUGUCGGGCAUCGUACUGCUGAAUACAUGGACCACAAUACUCAAGAAAGUACAGCUCCUUCUAGGGUUCUGUAUCUAAAAAUGUCCGAAAAUGCUGAGCCACAAGAAAUUCGUGAUGUCUUUGUUGAUGACGAGAUUAUUUUUGCCUCGAGCGUAGCUGUAAGGUACAAAGACGCCAUGUUGGUUGGA